AUGCACCCGCUCGUGCGGGACCUCUACAAGAAGCUGUUGACCGUCGGCCGCGACUACCCGGCGGGCCUGGACCACGUGCGCGACCGCGCGAAGCGCGAGAUCUUCGGCCGGCGCGACAUCGAGGGCGAGGUCGACAUAAAAAAGGCCGUGCGCUACGGCCGCUACAUGCUCCGCGAGAUGAUGGGCGUCAUCCAGCUCAAGAAGUACCGGACGCUCAAGGCGCGCUACGCGCCCAGCGACGACGACGAGCCGCCGCCGCCGCCGCCGCCGGCGUCGGAGCGACGAUGA